ACGCCGCGCUGCGCAGGCGCGGGCGGCCUCGCGCUUGCCGUCGCGUCACGUUCCCCGCCCUUGGGGGUCAUUGCGCAGGCGCGGUAGCUUCGUAGCCCUCUCGGGUCACGCAUCAUUGGGGAGGCUGUGGGGGGCUCGCGGUCGCCGUCACCAUGGGGCAUUUCAACCCUCCUGGUUGCAGAGGAAAUCCAGCAAAGGGAAGGAGAAGAAGCAGAAACGGUUGGAGGAACGGGCAGCCAUGGACGCUGUCUGUGCCAAGGUUGAAGCAGCAAAUAAACUCGGAGACCCUUUAGAAGCUUUUCCCGUGUUCAAGAAAUACGACAGAAACGGGCUGAAUGUUUCCAUCGAGUGCAAACGGGUCUCCAGCUUGGAACCGGCUACUCUGGACUGGGCCUUUGAGCUGACUAAAACGAACAUGCAGACCUUGUACGAGCAGAGCGAGUGGGGGUGGAAAGACCGGGAAAAACGGGACGAAAUGACCGAUGACCGGGCUUGGUACUUAAUCGCUUUGGAAAACGGUUCCCUUCCGGUGGCGUUCUCGCACUUCCGCUUUGAUGUCGAAUACGGAGAGGAAGUUCUCUAUUGCUAUGAAAUACAGCUGGAGAGCAAAGCAAGAAGGAAAGGUCUCGGCAAGUUCCUCAUUCAGAUCCUGCAGCUUGUGGCAAACAGCACACAGAUGAAGAAAGUCAUGUUGACGGUCUUCAAACACAAUCACGGAGCCAACCAGUUCUUCAGAGACGCUUUGCAAUUUGAAAUAGACGAUACCUCACCGAACGUGUCUGGCUGCUGUGGGGAAGACUGCUCCUACGAAAUUCUCAGCCGAAGAACAAAAUUUGGGGAGGGCCAGCAGGCCCACUUGGGCACUCCGUGUGGGGGCUGUUGCCACUGAGGGGCUCCGUGGCUCUCCGACAGACUGCGCCACUCUCCAGGUAGGCGUGCCUUCCUCGUGGCUUCUCUUGACCUGUCUCAAUUCUGGCUGCGCUCCUGAGUCAAGAGGGACAGAACUCCUGUGUGUCGGGAUUUGAGGUUUUCCUCCCAUCGGAGAUCCUUUAAAUCGAAGCCGAGUCAUACCUUUAGGGCUGAUCUUGCUUACCUGCAGCCUCGAACCGAAGUGGGAAUCUGCCAGAUUUUCUUUCUUUCUUUCUUUCUUUCUUUCUUUCUUUCUUUCUUUCUUUCUUUCUUUCUUUCUUUCUUUCUUUCUUUCUCUCUCUCUCUCUCUCUCUCUCUCUCUCUCUCUCUCUCUCUCUCACUUUUUUUUUCCCCAUGGAAAAUUUAUGAGGUUCCUGCCUAAAGCCGCUGAUGAGAAUAGUGGAUGAAGGAUAGACUUUGGGGAUGGCAGAUCAAGGCCACUGGUGACAGUUCUGUAUUAAUUUGGUUCCGGCUUCCCACUUUUGUUUUUGAAUAGCUGCAAGACGUGCGUUCAUAAUUUUGCCAGAUGACUCCGGUGGGUUUUAACAAGAACGCUUGCUUCCUUUAAACCAGUCCCUUGGCUGUGUGUUUCAAAGCAACUCUGGCUGUGUGGGCUGAUAGGAGGAGGAGGAGGGAUCCACAACAGAUUUUUAGAACGGGAUCCUAAGUAACCUGGUGCAUCUGGUUAGACCUCCCUCCUUGUUCAUUGGGGACAAUAUCGGCGUGAAUGGAUUACUCCGUGCAACCUGCUUUUGGUCAAGUCCUCAAAUCUGGACCUUCAGCCUAACUAAGAUUGUUUGAUUUCCUCUUGGCCUACUGCAUCGGAAACAACUCAAGAGUGGUUUUGUUGUCCCAAAGUCCCAGUAGAAGCAAUUGUGCACGCGCAAAAAAAAAAAAAAAUCAAUUUCACCUGGGAGUUGUGUGUUGCUAUUGUUCAGGAGACCCUAUGGUCAUUGGUUUUGGAAUUAAAAACUGCAAGCAUUACAUUCCCCCAUCAAAAGAUACAUUGGUUUCUUCACAUCUUGAUUUUCCUCAGAUUUUUCCAUUGAUGGAUUUCUCCCUCAAAAAAAAGGGGAAGGGGGUUGGUUGAGCAUGUUGCGUGUGACCUGCAAAAUGCUUUCCAAUUUGAAGCUGAAAUGACACUGUUGUAUUUCUUGGUGUAUCUAGUGGGUGUUUUGUUAUCUCUUUUUUUUUUUUUUUUUUUUUUGCAUUUUGGGGAAGUUUUGUUCCACGGAGCAAAUUUUGAGAUAACGACUCUUUUUAGCCAGUAACUUUUGCUGGAAUCAAAGGGAACAACUCGGUUUAUUUUUAAAUGAAAAGAUUCACUUUUUGUCUGUUUUCAAAAUAAAGGCUCUGUUUGAUCUCCA